AUGGACUCUGAAACAUUGUCCCCUCGCUGGGACAAUCCUCGGCUGUCAUCUUCUCCUUUCUCGCGGCCGGGAUGGUCCCGAUUAUCUCCAUCUUAUGCACCGCCAACCAGCGAUGCGGGUCCCUCACACCACGCGGAUUGGCGUCACUAUGAAUAUGCAUUAGACGAGUCAGAUAGAUCUUACAGAACAAGCGCCCUGCAUCAAAAUCACAGUUCACGGCCUUUGUCCCGACGAGACAGGUCUGUCAACCCUGCUACGUAUAGACAGCCGCACUCUGUACCAUCACAGCCUGUUCUUGUCAGAGCAUAUUCCGGCAAUGCGGAGGGUUCAACUGCAAGGUCGUCUAAUAUGUCUUCGCGCCGACUGUUCCCGUUUACGGGUUCAAAGAGUUCGGCCCACUCUCGCCCACCGGGCCCGCCUCUCCCCUCGGACAAAGAUUUCAGUAUCGAAAGUAUACUGCAGGCUAUCGAGCCCGAUAUCCGUGGGACCCUAGAUUCCAUUGCCGAUAUAUGUGGACGAAGCAAGCUUAGUCUUGCUAAUGAAUAUGGUAGCCAUAUUGCACCCCUCGGUGAAAUCCGAGCACCCCCAAGUGGCCUGGUGCCCGUCGAAGAAGUUAGCACGAGUGAAGAACGGCGUGAUGAAGGCGUCGUGAUAUUUGAUGAUGAUCUUAACAUCAUGGAAGCUGGUCGUGACACGAAUCCUUUUUCCUUCUACCGAUAUCUUGAGAAUCUGCGGCAAGCUGCAUCGGCGUUGGAGCGAAAUGGAGAUCCUGGUCCGCCAGGAUUGGCACAGCCGACCCCUGCACGACCUACGGCUCCAGAUAAUUCCGCUAUCGUAACGGAGGCGGAUGCGAUAAAUCUGCCAAAUACUCGAGAAUUUGUUUCAAGACCGAAGCACUCGGGUCGAGACCUACUGGCUAAGCACGUCACCUCGGAGGAUGAGUCUGCGCCACAAGACAUUGUGACCCAUGCUGUCGUCUCCGAGGUGCAUCUGGAUGCCCAGGCAGACGAAGGACAUGCGGUUGGUGAUAUUGGUGGUCCUACUAUGAGUUCUGCCUCUAGACACCCAAAUCAGACGUGGCAAGCACCUGAUUUUAUACGCUCUCUACUUGGCUGGCAGCGCUGGACUGCACGGGUAGCUGGACCAGAGAAUCAGCCUGCUUUACAAUCAGCUGAGAGUCGUUUACGAGCUAUGUUACAACAAGCAGCGGGUGACAGAACUAUUUCUUCGUUGCCGUAG